CUAUGAUAAAGAGAGUCACGUUCAGUACUUGUUUUGCUCAUCUUCAACAAACAUCUUCAGUGAUUUGAGUUUCUUCCUUAAACUGUAAAAAUGGAAACUAAGCCUACAGAAAUCAGCAGCUCCAAGAUGUUUGGAGGUUACAACAAGAGAUAUAAACACUUGAGCCCAACACUUGGUUGUUCUAUGAAUUUCCACAUCUUUUUCCCUCCUUCAACUUCCCCUUCUCACAAGUUCCCUGUGCUUUACUGGCUCUCUGGCUUAACUUGCACGGACGAGAACUUUAUAGCUAAAUCUGGUGCUCAACGUGCUGCUUCAAGUGAGGGUGUUGCGCUGAUUGUUCCCGAUACAUCUCCAAGAGGCCUGAAUGUGGAAGGAGAGUCAGACAGCUGGGACUUCGGUGUAGGUGCUGGUUUCUAUCUAAAUGCUACACAAGAGAAAUGGAAGAACUGGAGGAUGUAUGACUAUGUGGUCAAAGAAUUGCCGGCACUUCUUCUUGAAAACUUUCCAGAACUUGAUACAUCACGCGCAUCUAUCUUCGGUCACUCUAUGGGUGGGCAUGGAGCACUGACAGUCUACCUGAAAAACCUGGAUAAAUAUAGGUCAGUAUCUGCCUUUGCUCCUAUUGCAAAUCCUAUUAACUGCCCCUGGGGCCUGAAGGCUUUCACAAACUACUUGGGUGAAAAUAAAGCUGAUUGGGAGGAAUAUGAUGCUACCUGCCUUAUAUCAAAGUUUAACAAUGUCUCUGCUACCAUUCUUAUUGAUCAGGGAGAGGAUGACAAAUUUUUAAAAGAUCAAUUGCUCCCACAUAAAUUUGAGGAGGCAUGCAGAAAGGUUGGCGUUCCUUUGCUGGUGCGAUUGCAACCUGGUUAUGAUCACUCUUACUAUUUCAUUGCCACCUUUAUUGAUGAUCACAUUCGGCAUCAUGCCCAAGCCCUUAAUCUUUGAUUUGGUUAAGCUUCUGCUUCUGUUGAAGAUUUUCUGGAAAUGUAACGAGGGACGACUUAAGCAAGCUAAUAUUGGUGCACUUUUCGUGUGGCAGAAAGUAUGUUGAGGUACUUAAUGAGUUGUACUAUCAAAUAAAAGUGUGAAUUUCCUCUCACAUUCUGUGUGUGUGUUUCCUGUUACUGUUUGUUCAUUUGCUAUAACUCAUCAGUGGGAUGAUGUAGUAGAGUUAAGGAUGUAGUAGAGUUAAGGAUGUAGUAUAAGUCUAUCAAGUUUAGUAAAUAGUUCAAAUCCAUCAUCAAGAUCAAUGAAACAUGACAUAAGCUUCCUCUUAAAGCUUUAAAAUUU